GCAGAAAUAAAAAUCGCAACGGGACGCUGCCGCCUCGAAUCGAAUCCCCAAUCCAACUUCGUUUCGUUUCUUCCGCCGCAAGCCUCGCCGCCCCACCGGCCUCUCCGCCGCCGCCGCGCGAUGGAGUCGAGGUGCCGGUUGUGCGGCGAGGGGGAGGUGGUGGCGGACCCGGACUCCGGCGUGCUCGUCUGCGACUCCUGCGGCUGCAUCCACGACUCCGGCGCGGCGGAGUUCGUCCACCAGGCCACCUGCGGAGACGACGGCGCGUACGACCUCCGCGCCUCCUCCUACGUCUACCACCAGGGGCAGGGGCAGUCGCAGUACCGGGAGCAGAAGCUCUCCGCCGCCGCCGUCACCAUCACCUCCAUCGCCACCAGCCUCGGCCUGUCGCCUACCCAAGCGGAGGAGGCACUCGCCAUGGCCAAGUCCGCCACGGACGGCGGCCUCGCCACCCAGGGCUCCGCCUUCCUCCCGGCACUCGCCUCCGCCUGCGCCUUCCUCGUCGCGAGGUCCCACCGCCUCCCGCUCUCCCUCGCCGAGGCCGCCGAGACCGCCUACUGCCCAGCGGCCUCGCUGGCUAACCUCGUCUCCCGCAUCGCCUCCCACCUAUCCCUCCCUCCGCUCCCGUCCUUCGACUACGCUGCCGCGCUGGAGCGCGCCGUUCGCUCCUCGUCCUCGCUCUACUCCGCCGCCGCCAGUGAGAUGACGGAGGUGAUUCUCUCCCAAGCCCGGUUCCUCCUCCGUUGCGCCUCCAAGUGGUCGCUCACCACUGGGCGGUACCCUCUCCCCCUCAUCGCCGCCCUGGUGACCUUCGCCGCCGAGGUGAACGGGGUCACCUCCGUCACCGUGGAAGACAUUGCGCGGGACAUCUCGGCGAGGCUGCACACCAGCCUCCGCCGGUACAAGGAGCUCGUCGAUGCGCUGGUGCGCGUCGCGCAGGAGCUGCUUCCGUGGGGCGGUGAUGUCAAUGCGAAGAACCUGCUCCUGAACGCACCUGUGCUGCUUCGGCUCAUGGAGAUGAGGUCACAGUCCGACCCAUCAGAGCAGUUUAUCGAGAGCUUUGCUCCCAACAUUGCGGGGAUUGUGCAGGCCCACUCAUCCGUUGAUGACGACGAGUUUAAGUACCUUCAGGUUGCUCCCCAAUUGGCUGAUGAUGAUUUGGAUUCCAAUAAUUCCGGGCAGGAGGGGAAGGAAACAGAUGGUUUGAAGAUCUCGGAGGAGUGCCUGUCAGACGCUUACCAAAAUGUCUUAAAGAGGCUUGCUCAGCUACAAAGACUUGGGCAGGUUGGUAAAGGUGUUGAUAGGAAGAAGCACUGGAGAGGAGGACUAGAGCUGGAGCCAUGGAUGGAUUUGGUAGAUGAUGGUUGGACCAAGGACAUGGUGUUGGAGGAUGUAGUGAAUAUUGACAUUGGCUGUGAUGUGCCUCCGCCAUCAUUUACUGCUGGAAUUAAGUUGCAAGAGAAAAGGAGAGCGCGGAUUGAAGCUGCUAAGUGCCGAAUUGAUGCAAUCAGAAAGGCUCCUGUUAGGAGUGAAAAUAAUUCUCAGGCUGCUCUGAGAAAGGAAGAUGCCUGCCCACCACAAAAACUGGCCAGGAAGAAGCGAGGAAGAAAGAGGAUAGCUGGAAGUGAUCAUGCCGUGAAUGGGGAGCUUCCAAUAGAGAUGCUGGAUGAUCCAGGUAGUGGGAAGAAGAGACGGAGAGGAGCUCCCUCUGAUGGUAUUGAUUGGGAAGAUUGUAUCAUUGAGCUCCUGCUAUUACAUGGCGCAAAUGAGGAAGAGAUCGAACAAGGUCAGUACAGAAGAUUGUUGGACCUGCAUGUCUUCUGUGCAAUAAAUGGACGCAGAUGAAACCAUGUUGAUGUAGGUCAAAAGAUCUUUGAUAUAGUUAUGACAGAUUCACAUCCAUUCUUUCUGAAAUCACUAUUAUAAACCACAGCAAUUUGUUGAUAGAGAAAUUUUGUGCUGAGUACCACUUUUGUGAAGUUCAAUGUAGUAGAGAUGGAAAAUACAUUUCGGCGCCUCAGGGGUUUUAUUUUUCCCUUAGGAAUGAUAGGGUCUCUAGCAAUUUUAAUUUCUUAGAUGACUUGGUUACGUGCCAGUUAAUGUACAUUGCUGUAAUGCUUACGAAUGAAUUGUAGGUAUAUACUGUUAUUAGUUUCUCAUAGCUGAAGUUGGAAAAUGAAAAAUGCGCCUUGAUAUAUUGUGCUUUCCUGAUGAAGUGUGUGUUCUGACGACUAACA